AUGACAGACACCUACAUUCUGGUCUGGAAUGUUCGAGGAAUUGGUAACCCCAGGGCUCAACGGGAGGUACAUUGGCUCUGUAAGCAACACCGUAUCCGCCUUCUCAUCAUCCUUGAACCCAUGGUUCUGGCGGACACUGCUUUCUUCUGCCGGCGGUUUGGUUUCUCUCAGAUGCUAACCAACACGGCUAAUUCUAUCUGGAUUCUUGCUGAUGAUUCUUAUACACUGGCGCCUAUAUCGGAGAUCGAUCAGUGUCUUCAUGUGCAGGUAUCAUCUCCACAGAUUCGCCGGCCUUUUCUUUUAUCUGGCAUAUAUGCGAGGUGUUCUAUCACCCAGCGCCGCGAGCUUUGGUCUUUCUUACAUGACACCGCGAUUUCGUCACUGGGAUCCCCCUGGCUGAUUGGCGGUGAUUUUAAUGCCAUCGCCGAUAUAUCUGAACGGAAGGGCCCGGGUCGGCCUAAAUUGCGCUCUAUUCUGGAUUUCUCGACCGCAAUCCUCGAUGCGAACCUCAUUGAUGCUGGUUUCGAGGGCCCCCCGCACACAUGGACCAAUCGGCGGGUUUGGGAGCGCCUUGAUCGCAUUCUUUACAGCUCUGCCUGGGAGGAUUUUGCGGAGACAACUCGAGUCAGGCACUUACCGCGGAUGCAUUCGGACCACGCCCCGCUCUUGGUCCGUUUCUCGCAUGAACGGCACCGCCUAGCCUCUGCAUUCCGGUUUCAGAACAUGUGGACUAGACACCACUCUUUUCAGGACCACGUCCGCCAGAGUUGGGCUGUCCCGACGGGCACCACCGGUCUCCUCAACCUGCGAUUGAAACUCGGACGCCUCAAGCAGGCUCUGAAGUGGUGGAACAAACAGGUAUUUGGUAAUGUGUUUCAGGUACUUGCAGCAGCAGAGAAAGAUGCUGAGGAGUGCGAAGCGGAUUUCGAUCGGGAUCCCUCUGACGCCAACCUCCUCCGUCGUCAACGGAGCGCAGCAGCCUUGACACAUGCGAUUUCUCUUGAGGAGGCCUUCUGGAAACAAAAAGCAGCAUGUCGCUGGGCAGUUGAGGGAGAGCGAAACUCCAGAAUGUUCCACUCCAUGGUGAAGGAACGGCGUCGGCGGGCUACGCUUUUCUCGAUGAGGGACGGUGCUCGUACCCUCACUGAUCACUCAGCCAUUAAGCAGUCAGCUAUUACCUACUUCUCCGAGAUGUUUGGUCAGCCUGACGAUGCAGACACCUCGGGGAUGGAUGCACUGGCGGACCCUCCGCCUCAGGUUCCUUUGGCUGAAUGUGCUCGGUUGCUGGAACCACCAACACUUGCGGAGGUUCGUGCUGUGGUUUUCUCUCGAUUGACAAGGACAGUGUGGCUGGCCCUGAUGGCUUUUCCGCCGCUUUCUAUCAAACGUGUUGGGAUAUUAUUCACGAGGAUGUUUUCGAUGCUGUUCUGGAUUUCUUCUCGGGAGCUCCUCUUCUGA